AUGAGCGACGAAUCCUCUGCGGCCAUCGACGCCAUGUUUCAAGAGGAGGUCUCCGCCUCGACCGCCCUUGUCGAGGAGAACGCACGCCUGCGAGCCCUCUUCGCCGAACGGGACGCCACGAACGGCUCUAACGACGCCAGCGCGCUUCUCGCUCAGCUCGAGGCGGCAAAGGCGGAGAAGGAGGCGCUCGCGACACAGGUCCGCGAGUUGCGCGAGGCACAGGUCGCCUCCGUCGCGCUUGAGGACCAGUCGAGCGAAGUCUCCGUCCUCCGCUCUUCGCUGGCCGAUCUCGCCCUCCAGCUCGAAGCCGAGCGAACGCGGGCAGCAGAGUCCGAGGCUCGUCGUCGUGAAGAGGAGGAGAAGGUCAACACGCUUCGCGCCAAGGUCGAGGAGUCUCGCCGCGCCAUCAUGCGCCUCCAGAACGAGGCGAAUAAGAGGCCGUCUAUCGACCAAGGCUACUCAUUCCCGCCUCGUCGCAAGUCGUUCCUCGUCGACUCGGCCAUUCCCCGUCGGAGAUCGUCUCUUGGCCUCAACGCUAUCGCUGCGUCCCAAGCAGCUGGCGACGUCAAGGACACUAGCAACCCGGGCUUGGGUCUCGCCGUCGAGUCGCCUCUCGCCCCGCCCAUCUCCCUCCUUUCGACUAGUCCGAGUCGCACGUCUACCGCAACUCCGCUCGCUCGUCUCGCUCACCACCGCGGCUCCGCCAGCAUCGCCAUCCAGGCAGACGGGCUCGAUGACGACGACCAGCGUCUCUUCCGGCUGCGCGAACUCCGCCUCGGCGUCCACUCGACAAAGAUUGCCAGUCGCCGCAACUCUGCAGUCUCUGGCCUGCCCGACUUCUUCCAGCCCGAAGACUUCGAGUGGGACCUCGAGCGCAGCCUGGCGCGGCGGGCGAGCGCGUGCUCGAUCUCUCGUCGUCUCGGCGUGGACCCCGAUGGUCCUCCCUCUGCCAACUUCCGCAUGCUCGGCCGCAAGAACUCGACUGCCGUCUUCGAGUCGUGGAGUCGCAGGUCGUCUUCCGCCGACUCGAUGUGCAGCCUUCCUACCGACCCCUCGCACGCCUCACCCGAACACCUCGCCAACCUCAAGCUUCAGCUCGAGGGUCUCAAGAUCCAGCUUGCAGAGGCUGAGGAAGGCCGACGCGCGUCCGAGGCUUGCUUACGAGCGCUGAAGGACUUCAUCGCGAGCGGCUCGACAGGCGAAGCGCCCAUCUCGCUGCCGCCCUUGCCGACCGACCCGUCCGCCGACUGCUACGGUGAAGGUGCAGAGUGCCCUCCUGCUCCCAAGGCCUCGUCGUCGCGGUGGUCCAUUCCUCGCCUGUCUUUCAGCAGCCAGCGUCGCGAGUCAACCGCCUCCUCCCUCCGCCGCACCUCCACCACUUCGACAGCUUCCGCCGCCACCUUCCUCGACAACCGACCAACACCCUCACUCCCUUCGUUCGGUGCAUUCUCCUUCUCCGCUCUCGUCAACAAGUCGUCUGCGACGCUCGUCGACGGCGACACCUCCCCGCGCAUGUCCCGCCCUGCCACUCUCACCCCGUUCUCCUCCAACCAUGAAGAGACGUUCCCGACCGAGCCCUCGCCCCUCCUCUCUAGCGGCUCAUCCGUCCGGUCACGACGCGUCGGCCACUCGCCCUCCGCCUCACUCGACGACGCAGCGUCGAUCGCCCCUUCGCUCGUUUCGGACCUCUCGUCGUGCGGCACGUCGUCUCGCUCAGCUUCGCCCACACAUGAAGACGAGGACGACGAGCAGCUCGACGCCUUCCAGCGCUCGCCUCGCGUCGUCAUCGACUUUGUCGACGACCAAGAAUUGCCGUUCGUCUUCACGCCCGAUGCGGAGUACGCGUCGCAGCGAAUGGUUGUCGAGGCAUCGCGGAUGCCGGUCGUCGUCGAGAAGAGCAGCCUGACGACUCUAUCGAGUAUCGGGGGGAGGACGACAGGGCUGGGUUUGCACUGA